UUGUCGCGUGUUGAUGACGUCAUAACCAACAUUUGACAUUGGCUUGCAGCAUGACAGAAAGUUUUCUUCGUUGUCAUGACUCUUCAGCUGCUCUCUAAACCUUUCAUCGGGCUCCUCGUUGAGUCCUCGGUUCAUCAGAGGAGCUUCAGUUUAUCCGCCGUUGCAGCAGCCAUUCAGAAAAUGAGCCGAGUGCGCGUGGUGGACAACAGCACCCUCGGGAACACGCCGUACCACCGUGCGCCAAGAGUGAUCCACGUCUACACCAAGAACGGCGUGGGCAAAGUCGGGGACCAAGUGUUGCUCGCCAUUAAAGGACAGAAAAAGAAAGCGUUGAUCGUUGGACACAAAAUGCCCGGAGAGCGGAUGAGUCCGCGCUUUGACUCGAACAAUGUGGUUCUCAUCGAGGACAACGGGAACCCCACCGGGACCAGGAUCAAGGUCCCCAUACCCACGCAGCUACGCAGCAUGGAGGGAGAUUACUCCAAAGUUUUAGCUAUCGCGAGCUCAUUUGUUUGAUAUCGUUAACUCUGAUUUGUGAGACUAAAUGUUUUUCAUCUGAUGCAUGGACAGAACAUGUCGUGCUU